AUGGCUGGAAAUACUGCUGAAGAAGUUGAGGGAUCAGCGCCCGCUGAGAACAAAACCACAGGGACCGUCGAGGUUCCCCCGGAGUUCUUGAUUAAGCACCCGCUACAGAACACUUGGAGCCUGUGGUUCUACGACAAUGACAGGAAUAAAUCAUGGGAAGAAAAUCAAAUUGAAUUAACUUCAUUUGACACAGUUGAAGAUUUCUGGAGACUGUAUCACCAUAUCAAAUUACCGUCUGAGCUUCGUCAAGGCCAUGACUAUGCUGUCUUCAAGCAAGGAAUACGUCCCAUGUGGGAAGAUGACGCCAACAAGAUGGGUGGACGCUGGCUAAUAAGUCUUGAAAAGAAGCAACGCAACUCGGACUUAGAUAGAUUUUGGUUGGAUGUGGUCCUGCUUCUAAUUGGUGAAAAUUUUGAAUAUGCUGAGGAAAUUUGUGGAGCUGUUGUAAAUGUUAGAGCAAAACUUGAUAAAAUUGGAGUUUGGACAGCAGACACAUCGAAGCAACAAGCCAAUCUCGAGAUUGGUAGAAAACUAAAAGAGCAACUCGGAAUUCACGGAAAGAUUGGAUUCCAGUUACACAGAGACACCAUGGUCAAGCACAGUUCAGCAACUAAGAAUCUUUAUACUGUUUAG